GGGAGGUCACGCUGGCAGGGGUUAAUGGGUGGCUCUUCCUCUUCCUCAUCCUCUAUAUGAGGUCGCUCCCGGCUCUGGGCUCAGUUUGCCGCGGCAGCCGGAGGGGCAGGAGCUGAGUGAGGCUGGAGCAUCCAUCCCUGCAUCCCAUCCCUGCAUCCCAUCCCUGCAUCCCUGCGUGGGCUCAGGGCUGAAUCCAGGAGCCGAGCGAAGCUCCAGGAGCCUCCUGGGCGGCUGCACCAGCCCUGCCCGGCCCCUGGGGAGGGCGCAGUGAUCAGCAUCGAUCGGCAUCGAUCAGCAUCGAUCGGCAUCGAUCAGCAGUAAUCAGCAUCGAUCGGCAUCGAGCAGCAGCGAUCAGAAGUGAUCAGCAUCGAUCAGAAGUGAUCAGCAUCGAUCAGCAGCGAUCAGCAGCGAUCAGCAGUGAUCAGCAUCGAUCAGCAGCGAUCAGCAUCGAUCAGUAGGGACCAGCAGUGCUCAGCAUCGAUCAGCAGGGACCAGCAGCGCGUUCCGGGGCCAUGGUGCCCUUGGGCAGCCCCACUCUCGCCGUGUGCACCCCCAGCAACCUGCGCCUCGUGGCCCCCGGCCGCGGCUCGCCCCUGGCCUGGCUGAACCGGGGUCCCGAGUGCCCGCAGGGCCCGGGGGGCAGCGGGGGCCGCCGAGCCAGCGCCGUGGAGCGGCUGGAGGCCGACAAGGCCAAGUACGUGAAGUCGCAGCAGGUGAUCAGCCGGCGGCAGGAGCCGGCGCUGCGCGGCUCGCCGCGGCUGUCCCCGCACGGGCGGCGCCGGCUGGCCCGGCAGCAGUGCCCCGAGCUGUGCCCGGCCUCCGAGCUGCCCGGCCCGCCGUCCCCCGUGUCCCGCCGCAGCGGCAGCCGGCGCCUGCUGCGCCCCGACUCGCUCAUCAUCUACCGGCAGAAGCGGGACUGCCCGGCCGGCGACAAGGAGAACACCAAGGGCUCCGCGCUGGUGCGCCGCCUCUUCCAGGGACCCCUCAGGGCCACGCCGCCCAGCUCGCCCCCCGCCAGGCCGCUGGGCCAGGGUCCCGGAGCCCCUCCAAGCCCCGAGACCCCCAUGCUGUGGGCGCCAGCCGAGAGGGAGGCGGCGCGGACACCGCGGACACCGGCAGGGGACAGCGGCGGUGACAGCGGCGUUGUGCCCGGGAAGGAGCCGCUGGCGCUGCGCGUGUCGCUGCCGCUGUCGGAGCAGGAGCGCUUCUUCAACUACUGCGGGCUGGAGCGGGCGCAGGUGGAGCUGCUGGGCCGGGAGCGCUUCGGGCCCGCGGGCUGGGACAGCGCCUCGGGCCGGGCCGGCUCCGGCGAGUCCGAGCCCGGGAGGGCAUCGGGGGGCAGCGAGGGGGGCGCGGGGCCGGGCACGGAGGAGGAGGAGGAGGAGGAUGCGCGGCCGGGCAGCGCCGUCUCGGUGGUGGAACGCAACGCCCGAGUCAUCAAGUGGCUCUACGGCUGCCAGAGAGCCUGGGCGGCGGCCAAGGAGUCCACGGUGUGAGCGGGGACAGCCGGGCCGGGAGCGGGACAGCCCGUGGC